AUGAAUCCCGACGGCGAUGACGAACGUUCCUCCACGACGCCCACGGCUGGACCAAAGUCUGCUUCUGCGGCAGAAAAGGACAAGCCCCGCUUGACCGACCAGGAGAAGAAGAACAAUCACAUUGCUUCUGAGCAGAAGCGGCGAGCGGCGAUUCGAGAGGGAUUUGAUCGACUUACAGAGCUUGUGCCGGGGCUGGAGGGACAGGGCCGAAGUGAAAGCAUCGUUCUACAGAAAACGGUUGAAUUCAUACACAUGAAAUUGCGAGAACGGGAGGAUCUGAUCUCAGAGAUCGAGCACAAGGGCGGUCGCGUGGAUGACUCGCUUCGACCAACAUAA